UAGCAACAAGAUCGUCCCCCCCCACCGCGCUUUUUUUUUUUUUUUUGUUAAACUUCCAGCAGAAGUGCGGAUGUGAGUUGCACAUUGAUACGGAACAGGCCGCCAGUUUCCUUUUCAGCAAUGUGGGUAUAGGGAAUAAUCUUCAAGUGGAGCUAUGAAUCCGGAGGAGCAGACGGUGACAUGGUUGAUUUCUCUGGGAGUGCUCAGCUCGCCUAAGAAGAACAUCUCGGACCCGGAGGACUUUCUGAAAACAUCACUGAAGGAUGGGGUCGUCCUCUGCAAGCUCACGGAGCGGCUCAUACCUGGCUUUACUCCAAAGUACUGCCAGGAUCCGCGGACUGAAGCCGACUGCAUUUCAAACAUCAAGGAGUUUUUAAAAGGAUGCUCGUCCUUAAAAGUGGAGGGGUUUGAGCCAGAGUGGUUAUACAGUGGAGAGAAUUUUUCCAAGGUCCUGACUACUUUACUGGCAGUCAACUUCGCCACACAAGAUACUGCUGCUGAGAGAUGUUCUCAGACUGGCUCGUCCUCUCCUAGUCAGACCUCCUCGUCACACUCGCUUUUAUCGGCCAAAUCCAAAGGCUCUCUGCGCCGGCAGUCCAAAUCAGUGGAAAUGUCGGAGAACGGUGGGGGCGGGCUGCUCAUGGUAAAGGCCCGCUUCAACUUCAAGCAGAACAAUGAGGACGAGCUGUCGUUCAACAAAGGCGACCUGAUCCAUGUGACGCGGCAGGAGGAAGGUGGAUGGUGGGAGGGCUCGCUCAACAGCAAGACGGGCUGGUUUCCCAGUAACUACGUCCGUGAGAUCAAACCCUGUGAAAAGCCGGUGUCUCCUAAAGGGACUCAGCUGACCAAGAACUACUACAGUGUGGUGGUGCAGGAUAUCUUGGAACAUGAGCGGGAGUUUGUCAAGGAAUUACAGACCGUCUUGAGUUGUUACCUACGACCCCUGCAAGCCAGUGACAAGCUGACCAGUGCGGACAGCGCCACCCUGUGUGGAAACCUGGAGGAGAUCCUAACCUUCCAGCAGGGGCUGUGUGUGGCUCUGGAGGACUGUACUAAGGUUCCAGAGGGGCAGCAGCGAGUAUCUGGCUGCUAUUUAAACCAUAUGGGUCAGAUCAAGAAUCUGUAUCUAAGUUACUGCUCCAGCCACCCCUCAGCUGUCUGCAUCCUCACAGACCACAGUGAGGAACUGGACAAGUUCAUGGAGAGCCAGGGAGCAAGCCCUCCAGGAAUCCUGACCCUCACCACCAGCCUCAGUAAGCCCUUCAUGAGGCUCGACAAAUACCCGACCCUGCUGCAGGAGCUGGAGAGACAUGUGGAGGAAGCUCAUCCAGACUAUACUGACAUCAUAAAGGUUACGGCAGCAUUCAAGAGCUUAGUGGCACAGUGCCAGGACCUGCGGAAGCGCAAAAAUCUGGAGCUGCAGAUCUUGUCGGAGCCCGUGCGGGGCUGGGAGGGAGACAGCAUGAAGAGCCUGGGUCAUGUGGCCUACAUGUCCCAGGUCCACAUGAGAAAUGGAUGCAGCGAGGACAAAGAGGAGCGAUAUCUGAUGCUUUUCCCUAACGUGUUAGUUAUGCUCUCUGCCAGUCCCCGGAUGAGUGGGUUUAUCUAUCAGGGAAAACUGUCCCUGACGGGUACCACGGUAACGAGACACUUGGAAGAUACAGACACCGUUUAUGCGUUUGACAUCACAGGCAGCAUGAUCGAUCGUAUCGCAGUCUUCUGCAGUAGCGCCCAGGAGCUGCAGGAGUGGCUGGAGAACUUGCAGCCUUUUACCAAAGGAGGAAGCCCUGCAGGCACCAUUUCAAAGAGUGUAGACGGCAAGUCACUGAGCCUGGUUGGUACCCCGACACACCUCUCCCACCUGGGCAGUCUCAGCGCGACCAGUGGCAGACCGCUGGAACCGCCAAAGAUCAGCAAGCCCUGGUCUCUCAGCUGCCUGCGUCCUGCUCCGCCUCUCAAACCCUCCGCCGCUCUUGGCUACAAAGAGAGGAUGUCUUAUAUCAUGAAGGACUCCAGUAAGAGCCCACGGCCCAUGAAGAAAUUCCUGCCUGGCAACAAGAAGAAGGAGCGCAAGCCCUCUGAUGACGAGGUUCAGAUAAGGAGAAGCAUGGCCGCUCUGGAGGAGGAUGCUCAGAUUCUUCGGGUGAUUGAGGCGUAUUGCACAGGAGCCAGCCUGCACCAGACAACCACCGCGGUGCGGAAAGAGUGUGUCCCUCAGGUGCUUCUGCCGGAGGAAGAGAAGAUCAUUGUAGAGGAGAUGAAGAGCAACGGGCAGACGGUUAUCGAAGAAAAGAGCCUGGUUGAUGCUGUUUAUGCUUUAAAGGACGAAGUUCAUGAAUUGAAAAAGGAGAAUAAGUGGAUGAAGCAGUUUCUGGAAGAGGAGCAAAAGUCUCGGAAAGAGCUGGAGAGACUAGUCCGUAAACUGUCCAAGCAGAAGAAUGACUGUGCUUGGGAGGACAGCAGCCACUGAACAGAUCCACUCAGUCACCCUCAUCCUUUUGUGGCGCUGCUUGUGAGCAGUGGUGCACGUUGGCCCUACUGUGCAUUUGUUUAUCUACGUUGCGUCUUCACAUUUCACCUUCACAUCGCAGAGACAGACUCCCUCUCUGUCGAUGACAUUUGGAGCUUCUGCAAGUCCCGGAGCUCGAUUGAAAAAUGAUCCGUUUUCCUGUUCCAGCCGAAGCUACCUGAGACUACAACCACGCUUCCUCCUUAUGCAAGCUCAGCUAAACCUAGAUGUUUCAAACAUACUUGCCCCAUGGCAUGAGGCACUGUGAACUCUACCCAUCAAAUGGAACCAUUUUGGACAAGUCAAGCUCACCAUGGUUAUAAUUUUGCUUCAGUUUGAAAAUGACUGAAAAAGGAGUGCGAAGCCAUUGAAUCUAACAGACUUUCUUAUGCAUGCACCUCAUUUCAAAGAGGACUGAUUAACUUUUUUCAAAUCACAACUUUGCUAUUGUCAUAUUUUGAAUUGUUAUAGGGAUCCCAUGCAAGGAAAGUGGACCUAUUGCGCUUUCUUGAAUAUGCAGGAUUUUUCCAUUUCUUUUUCCCACCAUUAUUAUGUAUCCACAUCACAUGUGUCCAGGCGGUUAUUGACAUUCAAGCAAUCAGACAGAUGAGCUCAUCAGCAAACCGCAUGAAUGUAUAAUGUUUCUACAGUACGAGUUCUGCAUCAGAAAUGUAAUCAAUAUAUUCAGAUAUACUGUAGACUCCAAAGUCAUCAGGGAUGCAUAAUAGAAUAGGAAAAACUAAAAUCUAUAAUUAUUUGAGUAUUCUUGUAAUAAUAAAUGGUACAAAGAGUAUGGUUAAUCUUCUUCCUUAAAUAUAAUCAAGAAUCCUUUUAACAUGUUGAAUAUACAGUAUAGUAUUGCUUUAUUCUGGAUUUUUUUUUUCUUUUUUUUUUUUUUUAAAGCAACCUAUAUUUAUUUUUUAACCCAAGCUUUUAAGUGCGUCAGCCUCAGCUUUGACACCUUUUAGAUUUACCUGGCAUUUCAUUUUUCAAACAAAAGUGUCUGUGUGUAUAUGUAUAUACACACAGACAUACAUAGAUAUGUGUGUGUUAUAUAUAUAUAUAUAUAUAUAUAUAUAUAUAUAUAUAUAUAUAUAUAUAUACACACGGUAUAUAAAUAUGUACUUACACAUAUAUACACACACGUCCCUGUUUUGGUGGGAAAUGUAUUAAAAAUGUGUUGAUGUGGACAUAGCCAUAGAUUUUUUAUUUUUUUUUUCCAAUCACAAAAGAGGAAAAAUAACUUAAGUAAUGAAUCUGCCUUGAGAAGUCAGAGGUUUCAUGUUGAGUGAUCGUCGGUAACAGACACUGACUAAGGAAAUAAGCAAAGAGAGAUUUCCUACGCUCGUGUUGAAUAGUGUUCAAUUGUUUAAGUGCCUCCCGAAGAAGUCAAUAAACUGAAAAACGGGACAUAUGCAUAAGUUGGAUGCAAAGUUUCAACAAUAAUUUGUUGUAAUAAUUUAGUUUUAAAUGACGAAAGUGAAAUGGGUAUAUAAAUAAUUAUUUAUAUAUUUCAAGUCUAGUGACAAAUAGGGCUUCGCAUGUUAUUUAAGAUGUUGCUUCUUUCCGAGGACCCACAGUGGUACAUUUCCUCCUGAGGUUAAAUGAGUUCACUGUCGACACUGUUAUCUGGUCUUGCUGCGCUGCACGGUAGCCGUGAAUGUCAUUGAAAUGCAAUAAGUGACUGCUCUACUGGCUGACCUCUGGGGAAGCUCAAGUAGUAGUUGGUCUGAUUUGAAGAACUUGCAAUAACAAUGAAUUAAUUAACCCAAUUUUCUAUUUUUUUUUUCUUUUUUGACCAAAAAGAGCCAGAUGUCCAGCCACAGCAGUCCCUGCAUUCAUUUGCCUUUUAUUCAGUCACAACUGUU